AGAAGAUCCACCUUUUGAUCCAGGAUUCCAAGUUGACAAUCCUGCAUGUUCUUGUGGAGCCUGCGCUGCACAGCAGAUCUUCCUGGUGGUGGAGACUCUACAUGAAAGGCAUCACAUUGUGAGGACUGCUGUGCAUGGGGAUGUGUGUGCACCCCCCAACCUUGCAACCUGGCAUUUUGGAUAUUAACCCUUGGUUCUGUCAAUUUGUAGAAUGGCACGCUUUGGAGAUGAUCUGCCCACCCGUUAUGGAACCGGAGUGCCUGGGGGUACUGGAAGGGGCAGCAGUAGACAAGGUGGUCCUCAGUCUGGCCAAAGGAUGUACAAGCAAUCUAUGGCUCAAAGGGCCAGGACUAUGGCUCUGUAUAACCCCAUCCCAGUCAAACAGAACUGCUUCACAGUCAACAGAUCUCUGUUCAUCUUCAGUGAAGACAAUGUCAUCAGAAAAUAUGCCAAAAGGAUCACAGAGUGGCCUCCGUUUGAAUAUAUGAUUUUAGCCACCAUCAUUGCCAACUGCAUCGUUCUUGCCCUGGAACAGCAUCUGCCCGAACAUGACAAGACGGAUAUGUCCGAGCGAUUGGAUGACACCGAGCCGUACUUCAUCGGGAUUUUCUGCUUCGAAGCUGGAAUCAAAAUCAUCGCUUUGGGUUUUGUUUUCCAUAAAGGCUCCUACCUCCGCAACGGCUGGAACGUCAUGGAUUUUGUGGUGGUUCUCACAGGGAUUCUGGCAACUGCUGGGGCAAACUUUGACUUGAGGACCUUGAGAGCGGUGAGGGUGCUGAGGCCACUGAAACUCGUAUCUGGAAUACCAAGCCUGCAGGUGGUUUUGAAGUCCAUCAUGAAGGCCAUGGUACCGCUCCUGCAGAUCGGUCUUCUUCUGUUCUUCGCUAUAGUCAUGUUUGCAAUAAUCGGGCUGGAGUUUUACAUGGGCAAGUUCCACAAAGCCUGCUUUACUAAAGACGGAGAUGAGCCGGUUGGAGAUUUCCCCUGUGGGGAAGAACCUCCGGCCCGACUUUGUGACAACGGCACCGAAUGUCGCCAUUACUGGAAGGGCCCCAACUUUGGUAUCACUAAUUUCGACAACAUCUUGUUUGCGGUCCUUACGGUAUUCCAGUGCAUAACCAUGGAGGGUUGGACGGACAUUCUCUACAAUACUAACGAUGCCAUCGGACCAAUGUGGAACUGGCUCUACUUCAUCCCUCUCAUCAUCGUUGGAUCCUUCUUCAUGCUGAACCUGGUGUUGGGUGUCCUCUCGGGGGAAUUUGCCAAGGAACGUGAGAGAGUAGAGAACAGGAGAGCGUUCCUCAAACUCAGGAGACAACAGCAAAUUGAACGCGAACUCAACGGCUACCUGGAGUGGAUCUUCAAAGCUGAGGAAGUGAUGCUGGCAGAAGAAGAUAAAAAUGCUGAAGAAAAAUCUCCGUUGGAUGUGCUGAAGCGGGCUACCACCAUCAAGAAGAGCAAGAAUGACCUUAUUCAUGCGGAGGAGGGUGAGGACCACUUCACUGAUAUCUGUUCUGUGGGUUCACCCUUUGCCAGAUCAAGUUUGAAGGGCGGGAAGAAUGAAAGCUCUUCCUACCUCCGACGCAAGGAAAAGAUGUUCAGGUUCUUCAUCCGCCGCAUGGUGAAAGCGCAGAGUUUUUAUUGGUUUGUCCUCUGCGUGGUUGCGCUAAACACACUUUGUGUGGCUAUCGUACACUACAGUCAGCCCGCGUGGCUCACCAGAGCUCUGUACUUUGCAGAGUUUGUGUUCCUGGGGCUCUUCCUGACGGAGAUGUCUAUGAAGAUGUAUGGCCUGGGUCCUCGUAACUACUUCCACUCCUCCUUCAACUGCUUUGAUUUUGGGGUGAUAGUGGGAAGUAUUUUCGAGGUGAUUUGGGCAGCCGUCAAGCCAGGCACCUCCUUUGGGAUCAGCGUACUCAGAGCCCUGAGGUUGCUCCGUAUAUUUAAGGUCACAAAGUACUGGAACUCCUUGCGAAAUCUGGUUGUGUCUUUGCUGAACUCAAUGAAGUCCAUCGUCAGUCUCUUAUUCCUCCUCUUUUUGUUCAUCGUGGUGUUUGCCUUGCUCGGCAUGCAGCUCUUUGGAGGACAGUUUUACUUUGAAGAAGAAACUCGGAACACCAACUUCGACACCUUCCCAACGGCCAUCCUUACCGUCUUUCAGAUACUGACAGGAGAAGACUGGAAUAACGUGAUGUAUUUUGGAAUUGAAUCCCAAGGGGGUGUCAGCAAGGGCAUGUACUCCUGCAUCUACUUCAUCAUCCUUACACUGUUUGGAAACUAUACCCUUCUUAAUGUGUUUUUAGCCAUUGCUGUGGACAAUCUGGCAAAUGCCCAGGAGCUGACAAAGGAUGAAGAAGAAAUGGAAGAGGCAACCAAUCAGAAACUCGCCCUUCAGAAGGCCAAGGAGGUUGCAGAAGUCAGCCCCAUGUCCGCUGCGAACCUCUCAAUCACAGCUUUUGUAAAGCAAACUCAAGGUGCAAUAUCUCGGAGCUCGUCCGUAUCCAACGUAAAUUCACCCAAACAGCAAAACUCCACUAAAUGUCGCUCAGUAUGGGAGCAGCGAACCACACAGAUACGCAUGCAUAAUUUCCGUGCCAGCUGCGAAGCACUUUACAGUGAGCUGGAACCAGAGGACCGACUGCGAUAUGCCACCACGCUGCAUCUACGACCAGAUAUGAAGAGCCACAUGGAUCGUCCUUUGUUGGUGGAGCCACAGGAAUCUCUUGAAACUAAGGACGGCAGUCCUGACGCACCACCUACAAAUGAAAUAGAACCUGUGCCUGGAGUGACUACGGAACAGCCUCCACGAAGACACCACCGACACCGGGAGAGAGGUGGCGGAGAGACAAACGGCGGUCGGGAAAAUGGUAAUGGUGAUUCGGGCAGUAAUGACAGGGAGGAACAUCAUCGUCAACACAGGAGUCAUAGUAAAGAAGGGGAAGGAGGGAAAGAAUCAGGGAGAGUAGAAGGUAACAGAAGCCAAGAAAGGGCCAAGAGACACCACAGAAGAGCUUCCCCUGAAGACGGGGUAGAAAGGGAGCAUCGACGACACCGCACCCAUCGUCACUCAGCCGAAAGGCAGGGGAAAGAAGGCAAUGGGCAGCCAUCUUCUGGGACCAAAGGGGAAAGGAAAUCCCGGCACAGAGGAGGAGGCUCCAGGUCGGGCAACAGAGAGGGUGAUGGAAGUAAUCGUGGAACAGGAGAAAACGGAGAAGAGCCUCAUCGAUCACGGCACAGAGGCCGACACAAAGCCCUUUCAACAUACGAUACAGAAGACAGACGUGAUAACAGAGAAGGAGACACGGGAGAGAGAGAACAUCGCAACCACAGGACAAGGGAGAGCCGCAAUGAGCCUGAGGGUCCUGUCGGAGGACUACAGCAGCUGCCAGAGCAGCCGGAAGAUGCCGACAACCAGAGGAAUGUGAACCGAAUGUCACAGCCUCACCCAGACAGGGCUAGUACUGUGACCAUUCCAGUCACCAUCACGGCCCCACCGGUGGACAGUGCUGUCAUACCAAUAAACAGUGUGGACUUUGAUGUAAAGUCCGAAGAGAAAAAGGAGAUGGAGGCGGAUGAUCUUACUAGAAAUGGACCAAAGCAGAUCCUGCCUUACAGCUCCAUGUUCGUAUUCAGUUCCACCAACCCAGUCCGACGUCUCUGCCAUUACAUUGUCAACAUGCGCUACUUUGAGAUGGUCAUCCUUAUUGUCAUCGCCCUGAGUAGUAUUGCUCUGGCAGCGGAGGACCCGGUACAGGCCGACUCUCCACGCAAUGACGUGCUGAAAUAUAUGGAUUACAUAUUUACGGGCGUCUUCACGUUUGAGAUGGUGAUAAAGAUGAUCGACCUCGGGCUGCUUCUUCAUUCAGGCUCCUAUUUCCGUGACCUGUGGAACAUUUUGGAUUUCAUCGUGGUCAGCGGUGCACUUGUCGCAUUUGCAUUCUCAGGAAAUAAAGGAAAAGAUUUGAACACCAUCAAGUCCCUUCGAGUCCUCCGUGUCCUAAGACCUUUGAAAACCAUCAAACGGCUUCCUAAGUUGAAGGCGGUGUUUGACUGCGUAGUAAACUCUCUCAAAAACGUCUUGAACAUCCUGAUAGUUUACAUGCUGUUCAUGUUUAUCUUCGCUGUGGUGGCCGUCCAGCUGUUCAAGGGCAAAUUCUUCUACUGCACAGAUGAGUCGAAAGAUCUGGAGAAAGAUUGCAAGGGUGAAUACUUGAAUUAUGAAAAUGAUGAUGUCCGUGCACAGGCCAGAGAAUGGAAGAAGUAUGAAUUUCACUACGACAAUGUUUUGUGGGCCUUGCUGACUUUAUUCACUGUGUCCACGGGAGAAGGUUGGCCCAACGUACUCAAACAUUCCGUAGACGCGACUUACGAGGAUCAGGGCCCAACUCCCGGCUUCCGAAUGGAGAUGUCUAUCUUCUAUGUGGUCUACUUUGUAGUGUUCCCCUUCUUCUUUGUCAACAUCUUCGUGGCUCUUAUUAUCAUCACUUUCCAAGAACAGGGGGACAAGGUCAUGUCGGAGUGUAGCUUGGAAAAGAAUGAGAGAGCCUGCAUUGACUUUGUCAUUAGCGCCAAGCCGCUGACACGAUACAUGCCGCAGAACCGACAAUCCUUCCAAUACAAGAUGUGGAAAUUUGUGGUCUCUCCGCCAUUUGAGUAUUUCAUUAUGGUGAUGAUCGCUCUGAAUACAAUUGUGCUUAUGAUGAAGUUUUACGGUGCCUCGCCGACAUAUGAAGAUAUGCUGAAAUGUUUAAAUAUUAUCUUCACCUCCAUGUUCUCCUUGGAAUGUAUCCUGAAAAUCAUCGCGUUUGGUGUCUUGAAUUAUUUCAGAGAUGCCUGGAAUGUCUUUGACUUUGUCACUGUUUUGGGAAGUAUAACUGAUAUUUUAGUAACAGAGAUUGCGGAAAAUUUCAUCAACUUGAGCUUCCUGAGACUCUUUCGAGCCGCCAGAUUGAUCAAACUCCUGAGACAGGGCUACACCAUCCGCAUCUUGCUCUGGACCUUUGUGCAAUCUUUUAAGGCCCUGCCAUACGUCUGCCUUCUUAUAGCCAUGCUGUUCUUUAUUUACGCCAUCAUCGGCAUGCAGGUGUUUGGUAACAUUGGGUUAGCAGAUGACAGCGCCAUUAACCGCCACAACAAUUUCCGGACCUUCUUGCAGGCCCUCAUGCUCCUCUUCAGGAGCGCCACUGGAGAGGGUUGGCAUGAGAUUAUGCUUUCCUGCCUUAGUAACCGUCCCUGUGACCCCCGAUCAGGCAACAUGAAAAAUGAAUGCGGCAGCGAUUUCGCUUAUUUCUACUUUGUCUCCUUCAUUUUCUUGUGCUCUUUCCUGAUGCUGAAUCUCUUUGUGGCUGUCAUUAUGGAUAAUUUUGAGUACCUAACACGAGACUCUUCCAUACUGGGACCUCAUCACUUAGAUGAGUUUAUCCGAGUUUGGGCUGAAUAUGAUCCAGCUGCUUGCUACAGAAUUCACUAUAAGGAUAUGUACAAUUUAUUGCGUGUUAUUGCCCCUCCUCUUGGGCUGGGAAAACGCUGCCCGUCAAGGGUGGCUUACAAGCGCUUGGUCAGGAUGAACAUGCCAAUUUCUGACACAGACCUCACCGUCCACUUCACCUCUACCUUGAUGGCUUUAAUCAGGACUGCGCUGGACAUUAAAUUGGCAUCAGGGGGAAUAAAGCAACAUGAAUCUGACGCUGAUUUGCGGAAGGAGAUCAUGUCGGUGUGGCCUAACCUGUCUCAGAAAACGCUGGAUCUACUAGUACCACCUCAUAAGCCUGAGGAAAUGACCGUCGGAAAGGUUUACGCGGCUCUUAUGAUCUUUGACUUCUACAAGCAGAAUAAGAACAACCGUGACCAAUCUCACCAGCAACCAGGGGUCCUCUCUCAGACAGGGACAGUCUCCUUGUUCCAGCCCUUGAAAGCAACGUUGGAGCAGAACCUUCCUUUUGGUAAUUCCAAGGUGUUCCUGAGACAAAAGAGCUCCGCUUCCCUGAACAAUGGGGGUGUCGUACCCAAUCAAGACUCUGCGAUACGAGAGUCGAGCUCUUGGGGAAAUCAACCGGCUGCAGACCCGUUUUCGACACCUAGAAGUACUGCGUUCCAGAGAGGUCACUCGGAAGAGAUCCCCUGCCUCCAGUCUGUAGAGAUGAAAGAAAUUGCCCAGAACCUCUCGAACGGUGGAGAACAUCCAACCGGUUUGGAGAUCCAAGGCCGUGCUGUCUCAAUGCCCCGUCUGGCUGCUGAGGCUCAUCCGAGGAGCCGCGCUCCAUCCCCCGGAAACGGUUACCUGCCCCCGAUUCCUGACACCAGCCCCAUGAAGCGAUCCAUCUCCACCCUGACUCCACCGCAGAGACCCCAGCUGUACGAGUAUUCCCUGGAGAAGGUACCGCACGAGCGCAGCCAUCAGCAUCACCACCGCUGCCACCGCCGCAAGGAGAGGAAGCAGAAAUCCACAGAGAGGUCGCCCCAGAACGACGACACAGAGGCCAUUCCUCGAGAGAAGAGGCAGGAGAGAGGCAGAUCCCAAGAGAGGAAGCAGCAGCCCCCGUCAUCAAACGAGAAGCAACGAUUCUACUCCUGUGACCGAUACGGAAGCCGAGAGUCUGGUCACCCGCGUCACUCAGAUCACAGCCGGGCCACGUCUCCAAGUAGUGGCAUCGACCAUGGGACCAACAGACAGGGCAGUGGCUCGGCCAGCGGAAGUCCACGUCUGACCAGCUCCGGUGCUAGCACUCCAUGCCGGGGAAUGCGGAGACAGCUCCCCCAGACUCCUCUUACCCCUCGGCCAAGCGUUACCUACCGGACGGCUCACUCGUCCCCUGUGCACUUCGGUGGGCUCGCUUACUCUCCCGGCCGCUUGAGCCGGGGCUUAUCGGAGCACAACACCCUGAUGUACAGCGACUCUCCUAGCCAUUCUGCCUGCACAGUUACCCGCAUUGGUUCUGACCCUUACCUAGGGCCACGCCAAGAGUCUGAAAGCUACAGUCCUGUGCCUGAGGAUACUUUAACCUUUGAGGAGGCGCUGGCCAGCAACUCUGGACGUUCCUCACGGACUUCCUACGUGUCCUCUCUCACUUCCCAUUCCCACCAGCUCUGCAGGGUACCCAACGGAUACCAUUACACCCUGGGGCUUAGCACGGGACCUGGGACAGCCCCGAGAGGCCGAAGCUACUACCACGAGGCAGACGAAGACGACUGGUGCUAGCACAGCGACCCAAAACACAUCCUCACUCCCACCCCUGCUUCACUGGAAGCUUGUCGGGAUCUGAGAGGGGCCCAGUUGCUUGAGUCACUACUGAUGAGUUUUAUCAUCGGCCGGCAGAUCGCCGGGAUAACAGAGCAUGUUACGAGAAAGCAGAGGCACCUUGGAAGAACUCCAAUAUAAUAAUUAUGGAGAUGUUACGGGAGGGAUUAGUGAAAGUAUCCGGGAAGGUUUUCAGCGCAUGUCUGAAUAACUAGGAAGUGUCUGGGCCAUCGUCCUUUUGGGGGUUUUAUUGGGGAUAGGGAGCGGAAGCGCCCAUUUGGAUAAGGGAUUGAAGCGUUGGAGAAACAGGAUACAAAGGACAUGUUGAGGUUCACCGAGUAUACAAUUUGAUAUUUCUUGUUUUCUAUCUAAAUAUUAUUUAAACGUAUCGGAAGGACAGCAAGAAGAGAGACGGAUACACCGACUUUACAAAAACACCGCGUUCACACACUGCCCCGUAAACCCGUAAACUCGUAUUCCACGGUAUAAUCCCAAUAAACGCCUUGUUUACAUUAA